AUGACUUCAUCCUUCAUAUACGUUUUCUCUAUAUCAACAUCCUCCAACGUGCGCGAACAAAAGUGCGCAAUCGGUAACAACUACUACUCCAACCUACCAGCCCCACCGAGCCCCACCUGCAGCCCCCAUUUGCCCAACUACAGCCAAAACGGGCACCAGAACAACUUCGCAGAAGUCUUCUUCCCCAACACUGCCAUUCUACCCCUGGAUACGACCCAGAUAUCCCCAAAUGGCAACCUAAAUUCGCCCAAUUCCACCCUGAACUACUACCACCAAGAAAUAGAUACAUCUGGCCAGGAUGAUAGAAGAUCUGGUAGUUCUAGCAACCAGGGUAACCACCAGAAUUCACCAAAUUCUACCCUUAAUUACUACCAUCAGCACCAGCAAAAUUUUAUUGGUAACCAGCAAGGGUUGAACCAGAUCGAUGGACUUGUAGAAGAGGUUGGCCAGGAGGAUGAUAGAAGAUUAGAUAGAAGUUUAGAUGAAACCAGGAGAGGUAGUUCUAGCAAUCUGGGUAACCAGGGUAACCAGGGUAGCCAGGGUAACCAGGGUAGCCAUGGUAAUCAAGAUUACCAAGAUAAUCUGGUUACCAGGAGAGGUAAUUUUGAUCAAUCUGAUGAUCAAUCUACUCCUGGUACUUCGAAUGGAACAAGAUUCCCCUGCACAAGUCCCAAGGUGACCAGGUUGCUGAAAAAGCAACCUCAGGAUGAUUUGAGCCAGGAUUUAAGGGAUAGAGAGUACUAUGACAGGUUGAAGGUUUUCGAAGGGCAAGUACCGGUUUCCAGGAAGAAGAAUAUAAGAAGGAAAUCUAAUGGUGGUUUGGGUGAUGGACAAGAUGGAAAUAAGGAAAACUUAUCCUGGCCCUUCGUAACAGCAGUCGUCGUUGCAGUAGCCUGUGGAAUCCUGAAAGCAACACGAUAA